AUGAAUUUUUUAAAAAUACAGGUCAUACAAGAUAAGUCUAAACCAACGCGUGUCGCUAUGAUAUGGCUGAGAGUGAAGGUAAAUAGAACUAGGCUGUGUACGGCGGUCCACUUCGCGACAAAUGAAAUAAAAUAUGAGAAAAGUCGCGAAAACGGACUUUUCCAGUACAAAGUUUAUGCAUGUACGAUAGCUUGUUUGUCAUUUAUAUGUACUUAUAUCGCUCUAUAAACGUUGUCAUAAAUGUUACUCGCUGUUCCCUUCAUAGAAAUCGGAGGAAAGCAAAAUAAGACCAUAGCCAGUAUCUGUGACAAAAAGGAAAUCUUGUAAAACGUUACGCAUAAUUUUAGCUUCUCACAUAGCGCUAAUUUAUUACACCCAGGAUUUUAGGGUGUACGAGAGGACACGUGACCAACCGAUGCCAGGGCCUUUUCCCGCCCCACCCAUUUUUUUAAGGGAAAAGCCCUGGGGACGAGGUUGCUAGCAGUCCGUAAAGUUAUACUGUCAAAAAAAACAUCACCCAUACAUCAGAAAAUGCAAAAUUUGUGAGGUUCAUUCAUCUGGCCACACCUGUGUUAUUCAUUCCAUAACUGCAUUUAAAGUAUUCUAGUUAAUCAAAGUAAGGAUAAUGGACUAUUCCUCAUACUUGUAUCAUUGAACGAGCGUUUAAUAGUACCACUUCUUAGCAAUUAUUGCAUGAAUGAUGCUGAGGAAGAUGUCAGCUGAGAUGUGAGGAAUUAUGCAGAUCGGGAAGGUUAAAAAGCCGGCGCUCGCUGGUUAUUAACUCAUAUUAAGCCGAGAGGUGUUUAUCUACAUUUCAUUGUUCAUUUCAUUAUUUAUUUAUUUUUCUAUUUAUUUUUUAUUUAUUUAUUAUUUAUUUAUUCAUUUGUUAGACUGAGAAGGAGGUACAAGCCCCAAGGAACAGACACUUUUUGAAUCGCAAGUUUAAACUACACAAUACAGCAUCUCCUAACCCUUAGGAGCCGGGUGAUGCUGAUCAUCUUUCCCUCAUCACAAGUCACCCAUUUGAGCGAUUUUGCCCCGUGAGUGCAGGUGUUUAAACCCUCCCUAACUGGAUGCUACUGUAUAUGAGGCAAAAAUGAAACCACUGUUGCACAGAGGUGUAAUCCCGACAUGAAGACCAUGAAGUUAAAAAGGUCCCUGGUGGAGAGGCCUUAUUUAUAGUUAUGACGUUCAUUGAAUGUUUCUGGGUCCCGUAUUUGUUAAUUGAAUACGCAUUGCAAGAUAUAUUUAUGAUUUAUUUAUGUACACUGUAUAUUUAUCAUUGAUGAACAGUUGGUAAAAUUAUUAUACUUACAAUAAAAUUGCUUCUUCACCCAUACAAUUGGAGUUAUUUUUUACUCACGGAAAGAACUGAAAAUUGAGUUCCAUCACAGGCAUUCCAAACUCAGUAUGCGAGCGCACAUAUGUUAAAGUUAAUACACCUGCUAAUACUGCAUAACGUACCGUUUUAUAGGGUUUAAAUGGAAAAAAAGAAAAAAUAUCACCUUAUCUUUAUAGCUUAUCGUGCUAGAAAAGAAUUAAAAUAAAAUUACUUUUGCUGUAUUAUGUGUUCUUGUGUCGUUUUGAAGCGUUUUGGGCUGGUUAUGCUAUAUUCAUAAUGUUAUUAUGCCCGGGUAUUAUGCUAGGCAGGCUCCCUUAACGCAAAGUACCCUCCAAAUCACUGUAAUGCACCGUUUCCAGCUACAAGAAAGACAAUGCACAACAUUUUUACCCUAAGACAAUUGCACAAUGGAACAAUCUCCCACCAGAAAUCAUAGCAUCUACUUCGUCAUGUUCAUUUAGGUAAUCCCCGUGUAAUCUUACAUGUUGAUUAGUAAUUUUGUGUCAUUGUCGUAUUUUAUUUUUAUUUUUAUUUUUACCUUUUUUUAUUUUAUUUUAUCCUUUUUUAUUAUUUACAUUUGUAAAGCAGUCUGCAAUACUCUAUUGAGAGUGAAGACUUAAGGGAAAGUUCAUUUACUAUAAAAAGGGGGUGGAUGAAGAUAUUGAAACUCGAAGCUUGAAAUUUUAGCAGCCCCCCUUCCCCUCCUCCUUCAAUUCCUUUGCUCCCCUGAAAAAAGAUCGCUAGACUGUAUUAAAUACAUUUACCGUUACUGUCUUCAAUGGUUUAUACUAUGACAAACUUGAGAUACAGUUGUGAUACAAUUUUCUAAAGCAUUUUUGGGAUGAACAAGAGUGUAAUAAUUACUGAGACUACAUUUGUUAUAUCUGUAAACCACGUGAUAUAGCUGAGUUGCACAGGUCAUUUUAAUGACCUGUGACCUUGUUGAGUUGAAAACCAUCCGAUCUGUAUGAUGAUGUCAUGUGUUGGUUUUGAAGUAUACAAAUUUUCGGAGCCCCCCGUCCUAGCGCAACAAUUUUUUCAGAGCCCCCCCUUCGGGUGUCUAAAAAUUUUCGGAGCCCCCUCAAUAUCUUCAUUCCCCCCGUCAUAUUAAAUGAACUUUCCCUAAAUUGGUAAAUAAAUCAUGGACAGAUCAGGAUUUCAGGCAAAAAACGUUUAUUUUGAUCUUAUAGUUAAAUGUUCAUCGCUCAAACCUGUAUAUAACGGCCCUGAAGAAGCGGUCACCCUGUAUAUUACGGUCACCGGACAACUUCCCAAAGUUCAGUUGCCUUCCUGCAAAGAGUGACCGUUGUACACAGGUUUGACUAUGUUACAAUAAAUAAACGAUUUCGUUAUUCCUUUACGCUUCCUGACACAUAUACCAUUGGUGCAAGAGACUCUUCGUACGCGUUAGAUGUUGGCCUGACUGACCCGCAUCCGUCGAUUUCCUGCUAGCAGGCGCUUGGAAGUAGUGGGCACAAGAAGAAACGGGCGCGCGAGAAGGAGACACGCGUGUCUCCCUCGCGCGUGCCCGUUCUCUCUUUCGCCCACUACUUCCAAGCGCCUGCUACGCAGUCUGAUCUCCUGCACGCCAGAAAUAAAACCUCUGGGCUAGUCGUUUUAAACCGAUGACAGCGCUAUCUACUGGAUAAUUAAUCGGAUAAGUAUUGGGAAAACCAAUUGUGUUAUCCACUGGAUAGAGGUUAAUUUGUUCUUAGUGACUUAGUGACUUAAUGUCAAGCAAUACGUUAACAACAGUUUUUGUUGUAUCGUAGUAGUUCAUCCAGAAAUGAAAACAAAUUAGCAUUGGCAUGCAUGAUACAGCUGAUGACAACGGCUUAACGGAUUUGUCCAAAAAUAAACGCCGUCUCCCGACCCCAUUUACCGCCUUUUUCAUCGUCCGGUCGGAAACAAAAGUUGAAAAUAGAUCGAAAGAGAUGAAACAACAAUCCUAGAUAUGAAAGCCACGAUGGCGAUCUAUUCCGUUCAAGUUUGACAACGUUAGUCUUUCGAUGGCAACAAAAACAAGUUUGCAACGCGUUCUGGUUUUAAACCUUUUCCUUUUUUUGAUUUUCUCAUUUUCGUCGUCGUUGUUUGCACGAGCUCUCCAGUAUCAUUCAUUACCAUGCAAAUCCAUGCUUGAUAUGUGGCAAUUUUCUUUUUUGUUAGUUCAAUAACGACACAGCAGUUCAAUAAGUACACAACAGAUCAAUAACCACACCAGUAGUUCAAUGACUACACAUUAGUUCAUUGAGCGUACAUGCAGCUGCGGGAAGAAUAGCCACAAAUACGUUAGUUAUUUUUCAAUAAGAAUGCAUAGUAUUAAGUAAGUGGUAAAUACUCAUUUAGCUAUGGUACGAGAACUAAAUAGAUAAAUAGCUAUGUUACACUGUUAUUAAGUUCUAGUGAGCUCACUAAUAUAGACGGGAACAUACUGACUGAUGUUAUUUUAAAAUUUUAGUCCCCUCAGAAGGUCUGUCAUUCUCAUCAGGGGCACAGUGAACAGACCCGGCAAGAGAGUCAGCGCCGAAAGGGUAAAGCCAACUCGGUCCAGAGAAAACUUCAACUAAAUAACCCGACAAUGCGCGCGUUAAUAAAGCAGAAAAAAUACAGUUAACCGUGGAUGAAAUCUUGUUUUUUGACUCUCUUUCCGCACGUUUCAAACCGUGGUACCACAGCUGGCCCUACGUGCUUGAGUUGACUACCAUCAAUCUAUGUUUAAAAUAGUUAUUUUUACCGUACAAGUCCUGAACUUUCAACUUUCUUGCUUGUUUCAAACUUGAAAGGCAGCUGCUCGUUUCCUGACCAUAUUUCAAAAAUCUGCUUUCGAUAUGAUAAUGUCUGUGCAAAUAUAAGAGAUCAUAACAAUUGUAGGCGAUGCCUCAGCAAGGUACCAACAGUUUUCUUUCCAAAACGAAUUAGAAAUAAAGUUUCAAAUGCGUCUAACUCACCGCAGCUUGAAUAAAAACAACUGGUAGGAUGACUGCACUUUGUUUUCUUCACUCGAUGGCUUACGUCAUUUCAUAUCACGCGCAAUCUCUUCAAAUGUUAACCGGCAUCCGCCGUGAACUUUCGCGCGCAACUUGGAGGAGUUACGUCACAGUAAUCCUAGUGUCCAAGUGAGGCCUUUUUCUCACUAGUUCGGUUUUCUUAUUCCAAAGAAGAUAUAGAAUUAAAUUGCAUAAAGUUUAUGUCUUUAAAAAAUGUACAGCAUUGUUUUAGUUAACCAUUUCCAUUAUGGGCUAAGCCAAAAAAUACGUAAAUAAAUAAAUGUGAUGAAGGUGAUAUACAAACACACAAACAAUUAUUUAAAUAACAAUAAUAAUGAGUUAUGACGGGAUUUUACAACCAUGAUACCCCGCCCAUAAACAUCCCUAUCUGAUUUUACAAGCAACCAAAAGGAUGCCUGUCACACGAGUGCAAUGACCCUCUACAGCCGUGAACAAGCUGACAGAUCUGGAGCACAGCGGGCAGUUUAAGGGAAAGACAUGGUUGCCAUAUACCAGAAUAGCCCAGUAUAUGGAUUCAAUAGCUCAGUUUUCUUUUUUGUUAGUUCAAUAACGACACAGCAGUUCAAUAAGUACACAACAGAUCAAUAACCACACCAGUAGUUCAAUGACUACACAUCAGUUCAUUGAGCGUAAACUACAUGCAGCUGCGGGAAGAAUAGCCACAAAUACGAUAGUUAUUUUUCAAUAAGAAUGCAUAGCAUUAAGUAAGCGGUAAAUACUCAUUUAGCUAUGGUACGAGAACUAAAUAGAUAAAUAGCUAUGAGCUCACUAAUAUAGACGGGAACAUAGACUUGUAAAACCCCGUCAUAACUCAUUAUUAUUAUUAUUAUUUAAAUAAUUGUUUGUGUGUUUGUAUAUCACCUUCAUCACUAGCCUGCGUAGCAAGCGUUUCCAAUCGAGUUAUUACGCGAAAGUUAGAGCGGAAGCAAAAAAAAGGUUGAAGGGGGGGGGGGAGGGGGAGGGGGAGGGGAGAAGAGGAAACGCUUGCCCGCAAACCCCACGAUUCUGGAAAACGCCCCUUGAUAUUUCACGAUUCGGUUCAUUUGUAAAUUGACAGCUCGUCAAAAUAGAAACAUAACGAACAGAUUACCCCUGGAUUACCAGAUUUGUAAAAUUACUUUGUUCUCUGAUAGAACACGUUGCAGGCGAUUGCAAGAACUGUAAUAAAAAAGAUUUACGAUAAAAGAAAGUUAAAACUAUGAGCGAUUGCUGCGAAAUUUCUUGUUUUUUAUUGUGUGGCUUUAUCUCGUCUGAAACCUUGUCUCAAAAAAUGAUUUAUCCGGAACAAUUCACUCCGCCGGGUAUAAGUCUUCAGCCUGUGUCGAAACGUUCUCUACAAUACAUGCAGCUAAAUUUCCAAUAAACAAAAAGAAUCUUUUCAUUUCAAACAGCUGACAAAUCGCUUGUCCAUGGCGGCUUUAGCUAGUGUCGAGUACCGAUAUUGUGAUUUAUGUUGAUGUUAUCUCCAACAAACAGUCCAUUUUUUCCAGUCAGAUCCGCACGCCGUCAUUCUCAAUAAAUUGGCCUUCCCUAGUCUCCACUGCUCGAUCUCCAAUUAUACUUUGAAGACUCUGAUCUCAUAAACCUUCGCACAAACACGAUUCCCAUAAAUAUCGGUCCAAAGCAUUUGUAAUCUGCGACCACAAAUCAGAUGAGACUAGAUCUGUAACCCACGAAAACAAAGCAUACCUGGCUUGAUUGAUGUUUCGAAUGCUAAGUAAUCAACACUACCCGCACCGCGCCAAUCAGAGGCUGCGUUCGUGGGCGAACGCAGUUUUUCAAAAUCAUGGGGUUUGCGGGCAAGCGGUUCCUUCGUUCCCCUCCCCCUCCCCCGUCAUUAAUUUUUUUUUUUUUUGCUCUUGUCCCAGCUUUCUAGACGAACCUCGCGAGGAAACGCUUGCUACGCAGGCUACUUCAUCACAUUUAUUUAUUUACGUAUUUUUUGGCUUAGCCCAUAAUGGAAAUGGUUAACUAAAACAAUGCUGUACACUUUUUAAAGACAUAAACCUUAUGUAAUUUAAUUCUAUAUCUUCUUUGGAAUAAGAAAACCGAACUAGUGAGAAAAAGGCCUCACUUGGACACUAGGAUUACUGUGACGUAACUCCUUCAAGUUGCGCGCGAAAGUUCACGGCGGUUGCCGGUUAACAUUUGAAGAAAUUGCGCGUGAUGACAGGGCUGAAUAACGUACUACGCAUGUCCGUGACAUCACUUGUUUACUAGUCUAGCCCGUGCGCGAAGCACUCGCGCAAAGUGAAAUUCUAGCAUCUGAGACCAUUUUAUCUUCGACCAUCUAAACUCAUAUUUGUGAAUGCCAACAAAGGAGAAAUUCUGCGAAUACGUUAGAAAUGCAACUCAUGGAAAGAAAUGUUAUGUAAUCCAGGGAUCAAGGAAAAUGUUUUAGACCGUCCCGGCGAAGGUUUUUCAUUGUUUUGAUGCAGAUCGUCAGUAAGUUUGCAGAAAGAUGACUGAGAAAUUAAAAAAGAGCAAUGUGCUGGAGUUUGGGCGACUUUUCUUCGAUGGUACGUAAACGAUUUACUUAAACAUUACUUUAUUCUGGUUAAGGAGGAGCAAAUAUUUGUAAUGUAGGCCGAGCGAUAACAGUUGUUGACCGUUUCUUUUGACUUGGUGGCAAGAAAGCCGGCUUUGAGCGCGAUGAUACCAUCAGACACAAGAAGUCAUGAAAGUCAUAAACUUACAUACAAAUCUUAGUGCGAUCAAAGAAGCUUUUACGUACCUCUAGCCGGCUUAGAGGCGCUGGUCGAGCUGUAGAAUCAGUAUUUAUUCGGUAAAGUUUGUUUAAAAUUUAAUUUGCACCUUUAAGCUUAUUAGUGAAUAAACCUUUAAAAGUUUAAAGCUGUUGAAGUUUUGGGAAACAAUCACAAGUUGGCUCAGCUCUAUGUGAGUUUUCGUAUUAACUAUAGGUUUUCCUUUUAUGACAGGUUUGAAUGAAGCAGAUGAAUCAAGGAAUGAAGAUCUAGACUUCGAAGAGAAAAAUAAAUGAAAGUUUGUAAAGAGUCAGAUUGUGCUUCUCCCUGUAAUGAAGCUUUUUAGAGAACUUCAAGUCAUUGAUACUUUUACCAGCAAGCAUCGACUGUAUUACUUGCCCAUUUACUCUUUUCAACAUUAAUUUUGCCUGUUGUCAUAUACAAAAAUUUAUAAUAGCUCUUUUGAGCUGAGCCAAGAAUGAGUCAUAAAGGGAAACAAGUUUGGAAGAAAGAACUUGAUUGAAUUCGAAACCUCAGUGAUUGUUUUGUGUUCUUACAGUUCUUAUAGUGAAACCAAGCGAGAUAUAACAAGAGAAAUAACUAAAGGACGAUCAUUCAAGGAAAAACAAAGAUAAAUAAAAUGUAGCUUUAAUGCUGACACUGAUAUGAUGUCCGGACGAUUUCUUAGAACUGAUAACAUAUUGAUAAUCUGUACUUUCAUGUGUUUACGCUUGAAAAUGUACACAUUCGAAUGAAAGAACUGUUUUCGGCUUCGUCUGUGCAUCUUCUUUUGUUCAUAGCAAAAAAAGGGAAAAAAUUGCGAAGGUGGAAACGAGAAUUCAAUAAAGUAUGAAAUAAUCUACCUUUAGUUUAAAUGGGAGCCUUGAAUAUUCGGAAACCACCUUAAUAAUCGCCAAAAUGUGAGGAUGUUUUGAAAAUCCUUUUGCAAACGAUACUAUUUAUAGCGGGGACGCUUCUUUCGUGCGUCUUCUUUUGUUCAUAGAAGAAAGUAGAAGAAAAAUUACAAAGGUAGAAACGAGAAUUAAAUAAAGUAUGAAAUAAUCUACCUUUAGUUUAAAUGGGAGCCUUGAAUAUUCAGAAUCCACCUUAAUAAUCGCCAAAAUGUGAGGACGUUUUGAAAAUCCCUUUGAAAACGAUACUAGGUUAGAUUCCAGACCUCUCCCGUCUCGGCACAUGCGCAGACUUUGUUCAGCUCUGUCGCGCGUGAUAUGAAAUGACGUAAGCCAUACACCGUAUUCACAAAUGGCGGACACGCGGGAAAAAACUGGUGCCUAGUCAUGAAAGCGAGGCGUUGGAGGGUAAACAAAAAUUGCAAAUGAAGACUUUCAGUGAACUUGCAGAGUGUUUAGCACGGAUUCCACCUAAAAUAACUUUGUAUGGACGUCUUUUUAAAUACAAUGACGUGGGACGUCUUCUGCUUUUAAUGUUUAGUACUGAUUUGCUGUUUGCAAUCAAAAGGGACGCAUAUAUCUUCAAGGAAACAGGAUGAUUUUGUAGGUUGCCAAAGCCUCAGAAGCUCGACAAGUGGGUGAUGGCUAGAGAAAAGCGGCAAACAUGUUGGCCCAAACUUCACAUUGAAAACGAACACGAAAGCCAGCUCACUGCAAUUCUGUAAAACAGAAGUAAAAACAGAUAUUGGUGGCAAGAAAUAAGCGACGGAUAUAUGGCCUACUUGUCAACGGAAGAGACCUCCGCCAUUAAUCAAAACAGGUCAAGUCGAGAGCGGGGGAAAGAUUCAUUCACGAGACUCAUUCAUUCAUGUCAGUGUCAUUUUACACAUAUCUAUGUAUGUCUGUAUUUACAACUUCCUUUGGAUGAUAUUAAUUCCGUCGCUUUGGAGUGAACUGUUAGAGGUACGUUGGCAGAGCUUAGCAAAUUCAGUGCAAAUUUAAAAUCUUUUGAUUUCUUUGUCAUUGCGAAAUAAAAUAAUUUUAUCAAACCUAGAAGCUCUAGUGUGUGAAUCUUAUGGCUUGCUAUUUGCCUGGUCUCCUUUACGGCAUUAUCUCGGAGAGCUCUUGGUAAAAAAGUGGUAUAAAGCUCACAUUUUACUAGGUUAAACUUUUAAGGCAAUGUUUGUGUCAGGACUGAACACGGCAAGCUUCUGUUUCGAAUCAUUAAAUGCGAGUCUGGAUCCGUUUAAGAAGACCAUCAUUUUAUUUAUUUAUGUAUUAUUCACUUUUAAAAUAUUAUGGAACAUGAAGUUAAAACUCUCAAAAGCCAAAGAUAAGAAAUAGGAAAAUUACUCGCUGAAAUGAAAUGUGGCCGGCUUACCGAGUCUGCCGAGUAACAAGUUGAAAUUUUGAGCGUACUCCACUCAAUCGCUCCUGCAUUUAUACCAAAAAGAUAGUUCUAAUUGAUGUCCUUCAUCGAUAAAGACCAGAGAAUAACGUCCUGGCAAAUAAACACCAAACAUAACUUCGUCGAAACCUCAGUCACCGCUUCUUUCCUGGCUUCCUUUUUUCCAUCUCGAUUUGAACUGUUUUGUUCAAUGGCACACGUCUCUUGCGUUAACAAGUAGGCCAUAUAUCCAUCGCUUAUUUCUUUUUUUCUUGCCACCAUGAUUUGCAUUGUUUAUAUUUCUGUUUUACCGAAUUGCAGUGAGCUGGCUUUCGAACUCGGUUUCAAUGUGAAGUUUGGGCCAACAUGUUUGCCGCUUUUCUCCAGUCAUCGUCCACUUGUCGAGCUUCUGAUGCUUCGGAAACCUACAAAAUCAUUCUGUUUCCUUGAAGAUAUACGCGUCCCUUUUGAUUGCAAACAGCAAAUCAAUACUAAACAUUAAAAGCAGAAGACAUCCCACGUAAUUGUAUUUAAAAAGAAGUCCGUACAAAGUUAUUUUAGGUGGAAUCCGUGCUAAACACUCUGCAAGUUCUCUGAAAGUCUUCAUUUGCAAUUUUUGCUUACCCUCCAACGCCUCCCUUUCAUGACUAGGCACCAGUUUUUUCCCGCGUGUGCGCCAUUUGUGAAUACGGUGUAGCGAGUGAAGAAAACAAAGUGCGGUCAUCCUACCAGUUGUUUUUAUUCAAGCUGCGGUGAGUUAGACGCAUUUGAAACUUUAUUUCUAAUUCGUUUUGGAAAGAAAACUGUUGGUACCUUGCUGAGGCAUCGCCUGCAAUUGUUAUGAUCUCUUAUAUUUGCACAGACAUUAUCAUAUCGAAAGCAGAUUUUUGAAAUAUGGUCAGGAAACGAGCAGCUGCCUUUCAAGUUUGAAACAACCAAGAAAGUUGGAAGUUUAGGACUUGUACGGUAAAAAUAACUAUUUUUAAACAUAGAUUGAUGGUAGUCAACUCAAGCACGUAGGGCCAGCUGUGGUACCACGGUUUGAAACGUGCGGAAAGAGAGUCAAAAAACAAGAUUUCAUCCACGGUUAACUGUAUUUUUUCUGCUUUAUUAACGUGCGCGUUGUCGGGUUAUUUAGUUGAAGUUUUCUCCGGACCGAGUUGGCUUUACCCUUUCGGUGCUGACUCUCUUUCCAGGUCUGUUCACUGUGCCCCUGAUGAGAAUGACAGACCUUCUGAGCGGACUAAAAUUUUUUAAAAAUAACAUCAGUCUAUGUUCCCGUCUAUAUUAGUGAGCUCACUAGAACUUAAUAACAGUGUAACAUAGCUAUUUAUCUAUUUAGUUCUCGUACCAUAGCUAAAUGAGUAUAUACCACUUACUUAAUGCUAUGCAUUCUUAUUAAGAAAUAACUAACGUAUUUGUGGCUAUUCUUUCCGCAGCUGCAUGUAGUUUACGCUCAAUGAACUGAUGUGUAGUCGUUGAACUACUGGUGUGGUUAUUGAUCUGUUGUGUACUUAUUGAACUGCUGUGUCGUUAUUGAACUAACAAAAAGGAAAACUGAGCUAUUGAAUCCAUAUACUGGGCUAUUCUGGUAUAUGGCACUCAUGUCUUUCCCUUAAACUGCCCGCUGUGCGCCAGAUCUGUCAGCUUGUUCACGGCUGUAGAGGGUCAUUGCACUCGUGUGACAGGCAUCCUUUUGGUUGCUUGUAAAAUCAGAUAGGGAUGUUUAUGGGCGGGGUAUCAUGGUUGUAAAACCCCGUCAUAACUCAUUAUUAUUAUUAUUUAAAUAAUUGUUUGUGUGUUUGUAUAUCACCUUCAUCACAUUUAUUUAUUUACGUAUUUUUUGGCUUAGCCCAUAAUGGAAAUGGUUAACUAAAACAAUGUUGUACAUUUUUUAAAGACAUAAACCUUAUGUAAUUUAAUUCUAUAUCUUCUUUGGAAUAAGAAAACCGAACUAGUGAGAAAAAGGCCUCACUUGGACACUAGGAUUACUGUGACGUAACUCCUUCAAGUUGCGCGCGAAAGUUCACGGCGGUUGCCGGUUAACAUUUGAAGAAAUUGCGCGUGAUAUGAAAUGACGUAAGCCAUCGAGUGAAGAAAAUAAAGUGCGGUCAUCCUACCAGUUGUUUUUAUUCAAGCUGCGGUGAGUUAGACGCAUUUGAAACUUUAUUUCUAAUUCGUUUUGGAAAGAAAACUGUUGGUACCUUGCUGAGGCAUCGCCUACAAUUGUUAUGAUCUCUUAUAUUUGCACAGACAUUAUCAUAUCGAAAGCAGAUUUUUGAAAUAUGGUCAGGAAACGAGCAGCUGCCUUUCAAGUUUGAAACAACCAAGAAAGUUGGAAGUUCAGGACUUGUACGGUAAAAAUAACUAUUUUUAAACAUAGAUUGAUGGUAGUCAACUCAAGCACGUAGGGCCAGCUGUGGUACCACGGUUUGAAACGUGCGGAAAGAGAGUCAAAAAACAAGAUUUCAUCCACGGUUAACUGUAUUUUUUUCUGCUUUAUUAACGUGCGCGUUGUCGGGUUAUUUAGUUGAAGUUUUCUCCGGACCGAGUUGGCUUUACCCUUUCGGUGCUGACUCUCUUUCCAGGUCUGUUCACUGUGCCCCUGAUGAGAAUGACAGACCUUCUGAGCGGACUAAAAUUUUUUAAAAAUAGCGUCAGUCUAUGUUCCCGUCUAUAUUAAUGAGCUCACUAGAACUUAAUAACAGUGUAACAUAGCUAUUUAUCUAUUUAGUUCUCGUACCAUAGCUAAAUGAGUAUUUACCACUUACUUAAUGCUAUGCAUUCUUAUUAAGAAAUAACUAACGUAUUUGUGGCCAUUCUUCCCGCAGCUGCAUGUAUUUUACGCUCAAUGAACUGAUGUGUAGUCCGUUGAACUACUGGUGUGGUUAUUGAUCUGUUGUGUACUUCUUGAACUGCUGUGUCGUUAUUGAACUAACAAAAAGGAAAACUAAACGUAGGAUCUAUAAAGACCUGAUCAGCAAAAAUGAAAUGAAAUAUGUCUAUUAUUCACGUAGUUGGCUUGUUUUGCGAAUACUCUACAUAACAGGCCAGAGGCCCGAUUUUAGUGCGCGCAGGAGGAGGCCUAAUCUCCACAGCAACCACCGCAGAUCGGUUUCUAAUAACAGACAAGCGUUACUUUCGUAAUUAGUUUUAAGCAUUCCUCCAGACACCUUUGAAGAGCGCCGGACACGUUGCCUGUCAAGGAACUUUGUACUUCUGAUUAAAUGAACCAGACAUCUCAAGGAAACGCGAAAUUUGAUCAGACUAUUUGGGAUUAUAAAUUCAUUUCACGGUCGAAGUCGACCUUCGCGGCUGGCUUCGCAAUUGAUAACUACAGUUUUCUCGCCGUUUUUGGAUUCAAAUAGGCUUGAUACGCUUUCAGUGGCUUUUCAAGUGCUCUCUUUUAAGAAAAUAGUGCUCCCAUGGCUUAUUUAACUUCUUUCAAGAGUAUUAUGCCGUGUCAACAUUGGUGACCUUCGAAUCGAAAACGGCGAGUCGGCGUAUCAAGUUUUUACUGUGGAGCCACAUGUAGGAAUACACUCUCUGCUGGCACAUCUUUCUCUGUUUUGGAAGGAACUCUGCGUGGAAAAGACCCUGACCAAAGAAAUUUUUAAAUCUUCUCUAUUUGAACGUUUGAGAAAAGCCGUCAACAAUGCACAUUUUAUAGUCGCCGGUGUAAACGAAUGCGAGAGCUCGAGCUCUACUUCACAUCUCCUUGAGGAACAGCAAGGCCGAUUAUCUGAUUCAAUGGACGACCUUUUUUAUUAAACGGCGAAGGAUUCAAGUCUUUUUUCUCUGGCUUAAGACGAUGUAAGCGUCGAUGUGCCUCCAGUGACAAAUCACUCUCCAAAAAGCCCGCCAAGCACUGUCGAAAUCCCGCCAAAAUCUUAUUCGCUGGCAGGAGCCCAAGACGCUGGAUUACUCCAGAUAUUCUAGCUUCCACUUCAACAUCUUCGCGUUCGCUUGGGCGAUCUGUAUAAUCAGCGUCACAGAUACAGUAUGGUUUCUAUAUCGGUUAUUUUAGCCUCCUUGAAAUGUCAAUCAUAAUCCAAAAGUUAUUAUUACAGGUUACCUUUGUAUUGUUACUUGUUUUUUACUUAAUAGGCCAAAUUAUAGGGCUACCCUCUCCCUCAGAGCUUACAGGCGGCGCGCCCAAGAUUCUGAGGUGAUGGUAGUCUCUCUUUUGAAAUGUCGGUCAUUAUCCAAAUACUUUUGUAGGUGAUUUUUGUAGUGUCAUUUGUUUCUGAAAUAGGCCAAAUUAUGGGGCUACCCUCUCCCUCAGAGCUUACAGGCGGCGCGCCCAAGAUUCUGAGGUGAUGGUAGUCUCUCUUUUGAAAUGUCGGUCAUUAUCCAAAUUAUUAUUGUAGGUCUUCUUUGUACUGUCAUUUGUUUCGAAAUAGGCCAAAUUAUAGGGCUACCCUCUCCCUCAGAGCUUACAGGCGGCGCGCCCAAGAUUCUGAGGUGAUGGUAGUCUCUCGUUUGAAAUGUCGGUCAUUAUCCAAAUUAUUAUUGUAGGUCUUCUUUGUACUGUCAUUUGUUUCGAAAUAGGCCAAAUUAUGGGGCUACCCUCUCCCUCAGAGCUUACAGGCGGCGCGCCCAAGAUUCUGAGGUGAUGGUAGUCUCUCGUUUGAAAUGUCGGUCAUUAUCCAAAUUAUUAUUGUAGGUCUUCUUUGUACUGUCAUUUGUUUCGAAAUAGGCCAAAUUAUGGGGCUACCCUCUCCCUCAGAGCUUACAGGCGGCGCGCCCAAGAUUCUGAGGUGAUGGUAGUCUCUCUUUUAAAAUGUCGGUCAUUUAUCCAAAUUAUUAUUGAAGGUAAUUUUUGUAGUGUCAUUUAUUUUUAAAAUAGGCCAAAUUAAUUAUGGGGCUACCCUCUCCCUCAGAGCUUACAGGCGGCGCGCCCAAGUUUCUGAGGUGAUGGUAGUCUCCCUUUUGAAUUUAUAAUUGUAGGUAAUUUUUGUAGUGUCAUUUUUUUUUUAAAUAGGCCAAAUUAUGGGGCUUCCCUCUCCCUCAGAGCUUACAGGCGGCGCGCCCAAGAUUCUGAGGUGAAGGUUGUUUCUCUUUUAAACUGUCAGUCGUCAACCACAGUACUAUUGAAUUUUCAUUUUCCAGAGUUCAUAGUGGUACCUUCUUUAUAGUUUUACGUGAUUUGUGGAAAAGACAAGACGGGGCUAACAAAUUUAUUCUAGUUUUUGCGUGGUGCGACAAUCACCGUGGCUGACUGGCCUCCAAAGUUCCUUUAUAAUUUGGACGCUUCUCAGGAGUUUCUUCACUGCUUGUAAUCCAGAAAUGGCGAUUCUCAGCAGCUUGAAGCUCUUGCAUUGCAUCAGUUGUUCCUUGGACGGCGACCUUUUCUUGUCCCGAGUACAAUAUCGAUUCUCGAUUCUCGACUCUCGAUUACCGUAUCUUGCUCGUGCAAGGUUUCAGCCACGGGACCAGUACUAACACCAUUGCAGGAAAACUGUUUGGUAGAAGAAGAGUAAAAUGGUGGCUUCGGCGCGUUACCUGUCUGAUGCUCGGUAUAUCACUGCCAAACUGAGCAACAGAAUGCGCGAAAAACCCCUCCGGUACUUGAAAAGAAAGAAAAAAAACCUGAGCGAUAUAAUUUAGUAACUUAUUCAUGGUGUUCAGCUUCCGGUUUAUUCAGCUUAUUGCCAGUUGUAGGCAAAGUUCACGCGCACAUUAUCGCACUCUAACUGGGUUGAUUGUGAGGAAAUUCUUAUGUCAGUCAUUGACUAAAAACCCCCCCGCGUUAAGCCUUUGUGCGACGGACGUCCCUUAGAAAUAUAAAUUACCCACACUGAUCGCCAAUUCUACUUGCAAAGUGUUGCGGAUUGAGUUGUGUAAUGUAUUCUAGAGUGUAAAUUUAGUACUAACCUCCCAGACAAGGAUGCAAUGAGACAUUUAUUUGCGUAGUUAGGCCCACUAUCCAUUGGGCAAGCAUCCCUUUUAUUUUCUUUCGAUAGCCUGUCCAUGCUCUAACCUUUGGAUACAGAAACUAGCUGCCUCUCGCUGUACCAAAACUUGAUAGUUUUGGCGUUCAAUAUUUUUAACGGGUGCUCACAAAACACCGGGACUGCAUCGUGCGCCUUUGGCGCUUUGGUACCCUGCAAGCUUUGGUUCAUCGCGUUUUGAAAGAUGGAAAUUUUGAUAUUCCCGCGUAAAAGAAGACCGAUAAAACGUGUCUUUCAUUGACUACAGUUAAACGCCCGGAAAUGAAGAAUGUUUUGAAAGAAACGGGAAAACUGAUAAAAGUAAAAAUUUUUUGUGAUAAGUGAAAUUAAUGAGAAAUAACCAUAAACUAGUUUUGUUGUUUUGUUUUUUAAAAGCGGUUUGUCUGGUACCAGAUUUGUACAAUUACUUUCAAUCAAACAUGGAUCGGGUUUUGUUAACUAUGACAGAAUGUAAUUAAAAAGCAUUAUGUUGACAGCUACAAGGCACAUGCUUGCCUUAAGCUGCGAGUAUCCCGCCAUGUUUUAUACAAAGGGCCUCUAACCAAGCCGGCAUUCUAAUCCGCCACAAAUAUGUGAAGCACGCGUCUUUCAAAGUCGCCUAGUACUUAAAAUCGGGCCUCUGGCCUGUUAUGGUACUACUUUUUAAAUGAGUGGGAGGGCCGGACCAAAAAAUAUUUGGCUCCAGGUCAGGACGUACGGACCGAGGCGGGAGCACAGCGAGGUCUAGUCUCCCACGCAGGCGUUUUUAGGGGAGCUCGUAUUUCGUCCCUCCCCACAAACGCGUUUGUGGGGAGGGACGAAACACGAGCUCCCCUAAAAACGCCUGCGUGAGAGGCUAAGCGAGGUCCUGCGUCCUGAUCGAGAGCCAAAUACUUUCGCGUCAGCCCGAUCUAACUCAAUCUAAGUCAAUAAGCAUUUUAUCAUAUGCCGUUUGUGUUUUGAAUUUUUCUAACGGAGCGAAAACGCGUCCAUGGCAGAAUUUACCCCGUUUUGUGCGCACUUUUCAAAUAGCCAAUGAUUUCAUGCCAUUCAUUUGGAAAGCCAGUGAAGUGAAUUUGAACGAGUUUACAGCUGCAAAGUACAAAUAUUCAGAAAAAGUCAAGGUCAAAAGUGGUCUUUUUUCACUCAAUACAAAGAAAAUGUAAAUCGGAAUUCUUAACUGGUACUCAAGGAUAGAGAAGUUUCCUCCCAGACACUCGAGCUAGGUAGUCAAAUUCUGAGAAUUCGCUGUCGGGAAGUUCGCUUUUAUCGCUCACUUUUGACAAAGAAAAUUAGACUUGAUACGACAACAAAAUGUUUCAACCCGCAUCGAUCAGUACGCGCUUCUAGCGGGGUCGUAUGUGUUUUUUCGGCAUUUUAUCACUUGACACAUUCGGCCCUCAUACGGGACUUCUUUCGUACGGUUUGCCAAAAAAAAUGGGCGCGGGGCCGUACGGUUAUAUGAUAAAACUAGCCACCACUCAAAAGUCACCAUCAGUGGCGCAAAUGACUUCAGUCGUACAUGCUAAAAACCACGUCGGAAAAAAAAAACUUUGCUUGCAAGGAAACGAUACGAAUUAUAUUUUUAAGAGUAAUAAGCAUCCUCAUUUCGUUUCAGGGAAAUUCACCUAUAUUUGACAUUUAAAUCGCAACCUGAAAGUUUAGAAAAACGCAAGUAACAUUUUCGAUGCCGUCGCCAUCGUCUUUGCUAAGUUUCAUAUUGCUUUAAUAAGGCGUUAAGUGAGUGCUGCGACCAUUUACGUAAGAGGUCAAAAAGUUUCCUGCCCCGGGCCUCUGAACACCCCUCAGCUUAGACUAAGCUGCUCUUCUGUGACCACAAAAACAUUUCGGUCAAGUUUCAUAAUUCUGUGUUACUUUUGAUGAACAUCAAAGACAUAAUCGCCUGUAAAAAGGCUCUCAAGUGGUGGAUAAAGAAAAGGCGAGAAAGAACGAGAAGACGGAGCCAAGAGAAGGGAGAAGAAGGCUUUUUAAAUCCCACUCUUUUCGGGGGGGGCGCUAUUUAGGAAUCUCGGUCGAUCAACCCAAACAAUAGGGCAUUUUAAACUGACAAUUAGUAAGCAAUAAUUUUCUUAAUGAUUUUUAGAUAACUAAAAAUGAAAACUUCAUAUACAGUUUCUUUUCUUGUCGUGAAAAAAGAGCGUUCUCUGUCAUAAAGUGUUUUGUAUUCACAGGAACAGGAAACAGAUCAGCUUAUUAUGCCAAUAUUUUCAAGUUAUGUGGGAGGAUUAUCCGAGGUUGACGUAAAAAUCGAACAAUCUAUUCUCGCCUGUUCUUCAGCUACAUCAAAAAUUGAAAAUAACCCGCAACAUACUGAAAAUAACUCGGAAGCAACCUAAAUAGCAAAAAGAGACAAAGGAUAUAUAUUGCUACCGGUUAGUAUAAAUUACAGGCUUGAGAGUGUUUUUGCAACUGCGAUAAGUGAAACUGCAACAUUGAUUUUAAAUUAGGAGGUAAGUUUUAAUUAACGCAGUGCUUCCAGAAUUUCUCCUCGCGUACUUAUUACGCGCUUAAAUUAAAUUAUAGAACCUUACAAGUAUUAUGUAUUUAUUUUGUCUGAUUGAAAUUAGAUGAAUAAUUAUUUUAUAACAAACGUGAUCUCUCACAAUUCACAACAAAAUACAUGUCAAAGUUUCCAUUUCAAGCAUAACAAAUGUCUUUCUUGUCAAAACGAGCGAAUCAAACAACCUUAAUCAAAUGAUAGAAAGGUGCCAUAAUCUAAAACUCACUGGGUGAGGGAAAGAAAAUUUUUAAUGGAGAUAUCAAACACGCUUUUGCAAUCGGUAAGCCAGAGACUUUCCAUGUGUGGUUCCAGUUGCUUUGCCCGCCACACAUGACUUCGGACUAUGGCCGAAGAUCUGUCGACGCCGCUGCACCGAAGCAUUCCUCGAUCCUCAAGGGAGAAAAAACCUCUUCUACCCAGUGUAACACGCGUCCAGUUUCAAAUGGCUAAGACUGAAAACCUUGACCAUAACUAUCAGAUAAGCUUCAUGUUUUCUGGCGUAGGACAAUGUCGACCAGUUCAUUAGUUUUUCUUUGCUACAAAACGCCGCAACAAUGUGAUAAUUAAGAGGCAAUGACCUCUUGCAUCUUGCUUGUAAAAUACUACUGAGUCUUCGCCACCUUUUUCGAUGAAUUUUAUAGUGUUUUUUUUGUUUGCUUGUUUAUUUGUUUCCCUCUCCGUUGAUUAAUGAAAUUUUCUUCACUUUCAGGUCCACAGUCUACAGUGAAAAACUGAUUGCUUGGUGAACUCAAUUACAAACUAGUAGUUGCUGGCCAGAAACAGUAACGAUGGAUUCCAAACGUCUUUUUAUUUUCAUCGCUUUAUGGCUGUUUCUAAGCUGUGUUCUGUUAGACCACGCCGAAGGAUUCACUAUUCCAAGAAAAAGGAAGAGACAGCAGCAAAAAAAACGAGACCCAAAUAAUCAGUUAUCCCGCAGAUUAAGAGAAAUGGUUGGUUUAGCCUCCCAAAUCUGGGUAUGUAUAUUAAAAAUGAUAUCCUGUCAGAGCUAUCUUUAAGUCAUUACUUUGAAAAGGCGCCACAGUAAAAAUAAAUUGUGUGAAUCUUAGCAGUCAGGGUAAGAUUCCGUACAGCCCCAUACAUUUCACGCAAAUUUCAUACAAUUUCACACAAGCAAUAAGGAUAGAAGCUAACAGAGUCGCAAAAUGCACCACGAAUAAUAAAACCAGAUCUUGGAAGUUGAGCGCUAAUUUGCUAUAAAAAUUAGCAGGGUUGCUUAUCUACAAUUCUGAUUAAAUUCAGUAUUUAUUUAUUUACUUAUUUGUUUAUUAGGCUGAGCCGGAGGUACAAGCCCCCAGGAACAGAACUUCCUUGAACAGUACAGCAUGUCCUUAA